AUGGUGCAGCAUCGUACCAAGAACGGUGACCAGCCGGACGAUUACUGGAAGCUGACGAAAGACUUGCGCUCCACAGUCAACCGGUUGUCACCAGGAGCAUUUGAAAGGGCACAAGAGCUCUUCUCACGAAAGUUGCGAGGAUCGCUCGACUACGAGCGGUGCACCGUGAAGGAACUCACAAGGUUCAGCUUGCAUCGGCAGCUUUUGAAGGCACAGGAGGGCAGUCUGGAAAGUCAUCGUCACGGAGAUGGGGCCUCGAGCCGCAUGGAAUCUGAGCAGGAGAAAGCAAGCCUGGUGGCUCUUCUCGAGAAAGCAGAUAACGACCAAGGAUUCGAUCGCUUCCUCGACCUACCUCCGGAACUUCGAGCCUGCGUGUACGACUCGUACUUCCGAUUGCUGCUGGAGAUGAACGAUGAGAGUCUGACAUCUCCACUUCCGCCUCCCAUCACUGAGGUCUGCUCGGUCCUACGCAAAGAGACUCUCAAGCCCUUCUAUCAGACUUGUUUCUUGGACCUACGCUUCGAGGAGAGCAGUGGAAACUACAGAAUGGCAGAGAAAGAGUCAAGAUUCUUUCUGAAUGCACCUCCAUCCCACGUCGCCAUGGUUCGAAAGAUCAAACUGCGCUGCGAAUUCCGAACUGGAGGAUUGUGGUUUCCUGUCGCUGUCGAGACCGACAUUGGGACUGGUGCUGUUCCCGCUAAGACUGAGCUUCUCAACGGGACUUCUUUGACUUGA